AUGGCUGGAUUCGAGCUCAAAGUUCCAAAAGGGAGGGAGCUGGUCGGCGGAGACCUUGUCGCUCAGACCUUGGCCAGUUUUGGCGUCAAGGUGGCAUUUGGGUUACACGGCGGUCACCUCGAUACCUUCCUUAUGGGCUGCGUCUCUGUUGGCAUUGAUCUUGUUGAUACUCGCCACGAGACCACCGCCGUUCAAGCCGCAGAGGGAUAUGCUAAGCUCAGCGGAAACACGGGUGUCUGCUUCAUUACUGCCAAUAGCGGUUUUGCGAAUGGCUUCCCUGGUCUGACAACGGCGUUUGCUGAUCGGUCGCCCAUUUUUGUUGUCACAUCCUCCGCUCCUCUCCGCGAUGCUGAGACCAACUGUCUCCAGGGAUUCCACGACCAGGUUGUCCUGGCGAAGCCCGUGACAAAGUUUUGCCACAGGGUGACCACAGUCGAAGAAAUCCCACGCCUCGUUUCGUAUGCCUGGCGGAUGGCACGGUCUGGCGCUCCUGGGCCUGUGUUACUUGAUUUCCCCAUCGACGUUCUUUCAACUCCACCCCGUAUCAACGGAAUAUCUUGGGGUUCCGUGGGCUCCGUUUACCCAACUCCACCGACUCCUAGUUCAUCUGCUGUGCACGAGCUUCUGAGUAUCUGGAAAUCCGCUAAGCGACCAGUCAUCAUUACUGGAACGGGUGCAACCCCCACAGCUCGAAUCGGAGGCAAGCAGUCUACGCUGCUGGAGCUUGCAGAGAUAUCACAGACGCCUGUUUUCCACUCUUUGAAGAUGUCAUCGUCAAUCCCGCAUAAGCACCCACUUCGUGGUGGCCCUUCAACCAAUCUGAUGAUCCUCAACCACAUAUCACAGCCACAGCCAGACCUGGUCAUUCUCCUUGGCACACGACCGGGUGCAUUCUUGGGAGGUCGGUCGGGUGCUCUGAUACCUAAAGCAGGGUGCAAAACAGUCCAAGUUGACAUAGAUGCAUCCGAGAUGGGCAGAUUUCUUCCCAUCGAUCUCGGCAUCGUAUCUGACGCCACGGAAUUCGUCGAGUCCAUGUUUGGGGUAAUGCGCACAGAAACCGACUUGUGCGCUGAAAGAGACGUCGAAUGGAUCAAGAUGACGAGCACUCUCAAACAUCUUGUGCAUCAACGAUACGGCAUCGAUGAGAAACAAGGGAAGCCCGAUGCAGAUGGAGAUCGAAUGCAUCCUUACCACGCUCUUAAUACUCUUUUCGAAACCCUCAAGUCGUAUCAUCCAAUCAUCCUGACAGACGGAGGAGAGUCUAACGGUUGGGGGCAAGAUGUAGCAGAAUCGGCUGAACCAUUACACUCACUGUGUGCACUCGGCUACCUUGGUUUCUUAGGGAACGGUUUCGGCUACUCGCUUGGAGCCGCUCUGGCCCAUCCCGAUACCCUUAUUAUCAAUGUCCAGGGCGAUGGAAGCGCCGGCUUUCAUAUUGCAGAGUUGGACACCUUCGCUCGGCACAAGCUCAAGGUUCUUACCGUUGUUAUGAACAACUACAAGUGGGGUAUGUCAAUCGCCGGGCAAGACCUCAUCUACGGUGAAGAGGAGCCCGCUCGUCCAAUCAGCUCUUUGUCUCCUGCCUGCAGGUUUGACAUAGUUGCUGAAGGAUUCGGAUGCAGUGGAAUCAAGUGCAAUAAAGUCGAUGAUAUCCCUGGUGCCGUGUUACAGCUCGUGGAGUCAAUGCUUGCAAAGGGGGCAGCUGGCCUCGUGAAUUUAAUUGUCGAUAUGGAGCCGGUAACCGAGGGGACAAAGGCAAUGGUAGGCAAGCCUGCGCCGGGCGAAGGGCAAGAUGUCAUUGUGGUGCCGUAUUAUGAUAAUAUUCCCAGACCUUACUACCGAGAUAGCUGA